AAACGCCACCCCAUAACACACAGGCCACCCACCGAAACAGACAUACACAGAGAGAGAGAGAGAGGGUGGGAGGGAGGCUCUCAUCUCAUGGACUCCGCUUCUCAGAUCUCCUACAAACCCUACCCUCGCCAUACCCAUAAACCAUGAACAAUAUGCUACAUCCAUUUAUAUUUCCUCUCCCGAAAGAUUUUUAGAUUUUCUCCGUUUCCCCCUCAAGAAUCUCUCUCCUUCUUCCAAGAAACCUCUCCGUCCCCCACCUCGGCUCCAUUACGAUUCCUUCUCCUCCAUUUUCUUGGAAUUCUUCUUCCAGAAUCGAAUUCCGUUUUCUUCUUAUUUCUUGGACUGAUAGAGGUUUGAUUUCUCGUUUAUCGGAUUCUGCGAUUUCCGGCGGCUCUUAGACCGUUCUUGUUGGUUCUCUCCACGGCAUUUCCCCGUUUCAUACUGUACGGAUAUAAUAUCGCCGUUUCUGUCUGGUUUCGUUGAUUCCUGGUUGCAGCAUUCUUUGGAUUUUUGUUUGAGUUUGAUUAGACUAUUGGCUUGAAUUUCGGUUUCGGAUCGGUGUGGAAGAGAUUGGUUAGGGUUUGUGAGGUUGGCGACGAAGGUAGUGAUCGUGUAGUGGUGCGGUUUUGUGGUAAAUAUGGACGAUAGAGGAGGGUCAUUUGUCGCUGUCAGGAGAAUUUCUCAAGGCCUGGAGCGAGGCAACACCUGCCAUUCAACUUCCGCUGAAGUUGUGGCAGGAUCGGCAGCAUGGCUUGGCAGAGGUCUUUCUUGUGUGUGCGCACAAAGAAGGGAGAGUGAUGCUCGUCCUUCAUUUGAUUUAAGCCCUGCUCAGGAGGAAUGCUUGCUGAUGCUACAGAGUCGUAUAGAUGUUUCCUAUGAUUGUUCAAUCCCUGAGCACCAGGACGCUUUAAGGGCUUUAUGGAAUGCUGCCUUUCCUGAAGAGGAACUUCGUGGUCUAAUAUCUGAGCAGUGGAAAGAUAUGGGUUGGCAGGGGAAGGAUCCAUCGACGGAUUUUAGAGGUGGUGGUUUCAUAUCACUGGAGAAUUUGUUGUUCUUUGCCAAGAAUUUUCCGAAAUCCUUCCAGGAUCUUCUCCGAAAGCAGGAAGGUGAUCGAUCAGUCUGGGAAUACCCAUUUGCUGUAGCUGGUGUGAACAUCACAUUCAUGCUUAUACAGAUGCUUGAUCUGGAAGCAGUCAAACCACGGACACUGGUGGGAGCAACAUUUUUGAAGUUCCUUUCAGAAAGUGACUUGGCAUUUGAUCUUCUCUAUUGCAUCACAUUCAAGCUAAUGGAUCACCAAUGGCUUUCCAUGCGUGCAUCAUACAUGGAUUUCAAUACAGUGAUGAAAUCCACUCGGCGUCAGCUGGAAAAAGAGCUGCUGCUAGAAGACAUCACACGGUUGGAAGAGUUGCCCUCAUACAGCCUUCUUACCCGAUAGUAUAAAGGUUUCUAGAGUUUUAACGUGUAAGGGCUUGUAACAGCAAGAUACAUGCCAUCAAUGGAGACACUUGAUUUUAGCUAGGUGGUAAUUGUAUAUGACACUGCUUGCUCUGGCGACAGCAUAUUACCGUUUGGUUUCUAAAAAAAGCGGGUUUCUAGAGUUUGUAAGGCUGAAGAAAGUAUGAAAAAUGAUUUCAAUCAGCAUGUUUUAAUGCUGAAGUUCAAAUCUUUUUCUUUCGGAGAAGACUUGUCUGACACAUUACUGCAAAUUCCAUUAUGUUAUGGAAUUGGAACCAAUGUGGUGGGUUUUGGUUUUCA